AUGAUAAAGAGUAAUAGUGAUAGAGUGUUUUCAAUAAUCAUGAAAGAAAAGUUAGUUGGUAAUCUAAUGGUUUCAGAUUUGGUUGUGCAUUCGAUAAUCGUUGCUUACAAUGGUGUUUUAACGAUUGUAUUCAAAGCAUUCACAAAGUCUAUUUGGAGUUUAAAGUCAAUCCUAAACAAUAUUGAUGCUGACGAUGAAUUUCAUCUACCUCGAGAGAAUAUUGGUACCAAAUGGCCAAAGAUUACAAUAGCAUGUCUUAACGACAAUCAAUAUCUAUCAAAGCAUCAAUUAUCAUUAUUAUCAAAUAUAUGUAAUGAUAUUAUAAAUAAUAAUAAUAAUCAAGACAUUAAAAUUAGUAUAAGAAAUCUAUCAAUAGUAGAUUAUUUCAAUAGAUCAUUAAAUCCACCUUUUAAAUCAGUGAAAAGAUUGUGUUUGGAGAAUAAUGAUAAUAAUAAUGACAACAAUAACAAUAGCAAUGUUUGUGAAAGUAAAAACAGUGUGGAUUGUACAUUUAAUAGAGACAGUCAGUUGCUGGUCAAUGAAAUAGUGGAGGAGACUAAACACUUGGAGAGUUACUAUGAAAAGGUAACACCUUUGCUUAAGGAUAAUAGAAAUCACUAUAAACACUACAACGAUUACGUAGAGGAAUCAAGUUUAGUUGCAUUCAUACUUGGUGAUUGUGUUGGUAGUGAGUCCACCACAUUACUCUUGCAAUUGAUCGAUCAACUUAAACAAUGCAUCGAAAGUACCAACGAUCUUAAGAAUCUCUACACCUGGAUGCCACUUCAAUCUCUACAUAUAUCGAUUAGAGCAAUAUAA